CUUACACUAAUGGCACUGUGCACGUAGCCUGUAAUGUUCUUAGGAGACUCUUAGCAGAGAUGCAGAGAAACGGAGGAAUCUGGAACUUUAGGAUCGUGUAGGACACAAGUAAACAAAUCAUCGACAGGGGGGGGAAAAAGGUGAAAUAAAAAAAAAAAAAAAAAAAAAAAAAAAGGAGGCUAGUACGAGCCAUGGGCCAUCCUGCUCCUUGGGCCAUCCUGCUCCUUUUGAUUUAUCUGGACCCGUUGAGUGUGCUGUGCACGUCGACAGCAAAGCGCACGAAAGUGGCACCGCGGCGGACCGCCAAGCCCAAGGAGCUGAACGGCACCGCGCUCUCCCCCGCGCCCGCACCCGCGCCCGUUUCCUCUGCGGUUCAGAACCACGACACGUGCCUGGGCUACUACGACGUAAGCGGCCAGUUCGACCGUGAAUUCGAGUGCAACAACACGGAUCACCGCUACUGCUGCGGUUCCUGCUACUUGCGCUUCUGCUGCCAGUUCCGGGGCAACCGGCUGGACCAGCGCUCGUGCAAGAACUACAACAAGCCCGACUGGGUGAAAACCGCUGCACCGUCACCUGCCCCGACCAGCGAGCCGUACGACCCGAGCGCCGACCAGACCAACACAGCAGUGUACAUCACGUGUGGCGUCAUAGCCUUCGUCAUCGCGCUCGGCCUCUCGGCUAAGGUCGCCUACGACAAGGCUACGAGGCCGCCUCAGGAAAUGAACAUACACAGAGCCCUUGCAGAUAUUUUGAGGCAGCAAGGACCCAUUCCCAUAUCCCAAUAUGACUGUGAAAACUUUGCGGCAAUGAACAGCUCAUCCAAAGACGACACUCCACAGCGGACAGGCUCCAAAAACCACUACACCCCUGUUCACACAUCCAAAUCCAAUCAUGGUGGACACUAUUCGAAGGAGAGCGGCCGUGGUGGAGGACACGACCUUCACAACUUCAUCUCGUCUGGCUUUGUGACUCUAGGGAGGGGCCAUGCGAAAGGAGAAAGGCAGUGGCCGAUGCGGUCUCAGAGUCACCAUGGCACGCAUCAACACAACUACAACCAUGUGGGUCUCAGUAGUCCUACUCGAACACCUAAAAAUGAGAGCACGCGCAUGAACAGCAUCCUCACAUCGCAGACGGAGCCAUACGAUCUGUCCUUCUCCCGCUCCUUCCAGAGCCUCUCGCACCUGCCUCCAUCCUAUGAAACCGCCAUGAAGGCUGACCUCAACAAGUACUCCUCGCUCAAAAGACUGACUGACAAGGAUGUGGACGAGUACUAUAGCCGUAAGAGGCACCUUCCUGAUCUGGCAGCACGCGGCACCCUGCCACUACACAUGAUCAAGGUGAGCCAGGAUUCUCAGAGUAGCCAACAGGCUCAACAGCAACAACAACAGCAGCAGCAGUCGUCACGCCAACGUCCUCACCGUGUCCAGAGAGCCAUGUCUCAAGACCGCGUGCUGUCCCCAGAGCGUGGCUAUGCUCAGGACUAUGCCGUAUCUGCUUACCCCACGUCCCCAUACGGUGAGCGCAUCCUAUCCGACGAGCAGCUGCUAUCAGCUGAACGCCUCCGCUCACACGAGCGCCUCAUCUCCCAGGACCGGCUGCAUUCGCAGGACCGCCGCUACUCGCAGGAGCGUGUCCACUCGCACGAGCGUCUACACUCUCACGAACGCAUGCACUCGCAAGAGCGCCUCUACUCGCAGGACAGGCUACGCUCGCAGGACCCGCUGCUCUCUCCCGAUAAGACGAUGCCACCCAAACGUGGCAGCUUUCACGGUGACAAGUCCAUGUCCAGAGCCAUAUCACACACGGACGUGUUUAUGCCCACCACGCCGCUCUUGGACCACUACAAGAUGACCAAAAUACACUCGCAUCCCAGUGCCUCGAACAACAGCGGCACUGCUGCAGUGCACAACACGCUGACCAAGAGCCAAACCACCUCCAAGAGACAGGCGUUUGCCUCACGCCGCACGCAGACCGUGGAACAGCUGCACUAUGUCCCGCAGGCGGCUCAGCAGCAGCAUCAUCACCACUACCGUACAGGUAGUAAGACCGAAGUGACUGUUUAACUCGAAUGAUUUCAAUCGGACCUCAGCCAUCCACCAG